GAAAGAGAAACGGAAAAAAUCGCAUCCACGGCGAGCACGAGCACUCGAGCAGGGCAACACAGAUUCGCGCAGCCCGCCGCCCCCCAUCAUCCCCUUCGUCGAGCAUUCCGCACCAGAUCGGGUCGAAUCGAAUCCGGAGGAACCGGCGGCGAUGGCGGCUGAGAAGCCAGCUCCGGUGAAGGUGCUCUACUGCGGCGUCUGCGGCCUCCCCGCGGAGUACUGCGAGUUCGGCCCCGACUUCGAGCGCUGCAAGCCCUGGCUCCGCGCCCACGCGCCCGGCGUCUACCCCGACGAGCUAAUCGCCUCCUCCUCCGGCGGCGACGACAAGGACGUGGAUAAGGUCGCCGUGCGCCUGCAAGGCGUCGGUAUCUCCGCCGAUGGCUCCACCAGUGCAGGGGGUGCUUCAGCAUCUAAGCAGGAAGACGUGAAACGCCUGCCUGGUGGUAAGCUCAAGAAAAAGGACAAGCAAGAGGUUAUUAUUGAGAAGAUUGUCCGCAACAAGCGCAAAUGUGUUACUGUGGUGAAAGGUCUGGAAUUGUUUGGUGUAAAGCUAACUGAUGCUUCAAAGAAGCUCGGGAAGAAGUUUGCUACUGGAGCUUCUGUUGUUAAGGGCCCAACUGAGAAGGAGCAAAUUGAUGUGCAAGGGGACAUAUCAUAUGAUGUUGUGGAGUUCAUUACAGAUACAUGGCCUGAUGUACCUGAAUCGGCCAUCUAUUUCAUUGAAGAUGGAAGGAAGGUUGCCGCUGCUUGAUGUUGUAUAAUUUGCAAGGCAAAACACCACUGGAGUUAGAGGUAUAGCCAAAAUAUAAGGCGAGAUAUGGCUGUCAAGGCAUGGUCUCCUGCAUGAGUUCUCAUCUCAGACGACUGUUCUUUUUAAUUUCUGGGCUCAAUUCACUUGUGGUGUUUUAUCUACCACUGGCACCUUGCCUCCGUGUACCAACUUUAUUUAGCAAUCGAGUUCCUGCAAGCCAGUAUAAUAUCCAUUUGAAGUUUCGUGUUGGUAUCUCAGAUAUUUGGAGCAAUUUCGUACAAUCUGUUCA